AUGAUAAAAUUAAGUAAGAAGUAUUGUUUAGGGAUAUCCUUUGUAUUAUAUAUUUUGUUGUCUGUUUGUGAAGGGCAUAAAAAUUUAACAUGUGACUUUAACGAUGUAUACAAAUUAGAAUUUCAUCCUAAUCAACAAACAAGUGUUACUAAAUUAUGUAAUUUAACUCCUAAUGUAUUAGAAAAGGUAACUAUAAAAUGUGGUUCAGAUAAAUUAAAUUAUAAUUUAUAUCCUCCAACUUGUUUUGAAGAGGUAUAUGCAUCUAGGAAUAUGAUGCAUUUAAAAAAAAUAAAAGAGUUUGUAAUCGGAUCAUCAAUGUUUAUGAGACGUAGUUUAACACCAAAUAAAAUUAACGAAGUUUCUUUCAGAAUUCCACCUAAUAUGAUGCCUGAAAAACCUAUAUAUUGUUUUUGUGAAAAUAAAAAAACAAUAACUAUUAAUGGUUCCAAUGGAAAUCCUUCAAGUAAAAAAGAUAUAAUAAAUAGAGGAAUAGUUGAAAUUAUUAUACCUUCAUUAAAUGAAAAAGUUAAAGGAUGUGAUUUUACAACAAGCGAAUCUACAAUUUUCUCAAAAGGAUAUAGUAUUAAUGAAAUAUCUAAUAAAUCAUCAAAUAACCAACAAGAUAUUGUAUGUACAGUUAAGGCACAUGCUAAUGAUUUAAUCGGAUUUAAAUGUCCAAGCAAUUAUUCUGUUGAACCACAUGAUUGUUUUGUUAGUGCAUUCAAUUUAAGUGGGAAAAAUGAAAACCUAGAAAAUAAACUUAAAUUAACAAAUAUAAUUAUGGAUCAUUAUAAUAAUACUUUCUAUUCAAGAUUACCAAGUUUAAUUUCUGAUAAUUGGAAAUUCUUUUGUGUAUGUUCAAAAGAUAAUGAAAAAAAAUUAGUCUUUACCGUAGAAGCAAGCAUUUCAUCAAGUAAUACUAAACUUGCUUCAAGAGAUAAUACAUACCAAGAUUAUAUAUCCAACUCUUCUUUCUUAACCCUUUCAUCAUAUUGUGCCUUCAUCACUUUUAUUAUCACAUCAUUCUUAUCAUUCAUCUUAUAA